AGCAGGUCUCAGGUUCUCAGUCUCUCUCUGAAGGUCUGACUCCGGACAGUUAUGGAGAAGCAGAGCGACUCAGACAGCUAGAGACACGCGACUAACUCCCAGCUAACUAGCAGCGGUUUCCCCGAGCGUUCAGGAUGGGCUGCGCGAUCUCUGGAUCCGGACUGACUCCGAGAACGGCCGAGAGCAGAAACCCCGAGGACGGAGCCCCGGCGAGACUCACUCCGGAUCACAUCCAGCUCAUCAAAGAGUCCUGGAAAGUCAUCGAGGAGGACAUCGCUAAAGUGGGAAUCAUCAUGUUCGUCCGGUUGUUUGAGACGCACCCUGAGUGUAAAGACGUGUUCUUCUUGUUUCGGGACGUGGAGGAUCUGGAGAGGUUACGCACCAGCAGAGAGCUUCGUGCCCACGGCCUUCGCGUGAUGUCGUUCAUCGAGAAGAGCGUCGCGAGACUCGACCAGCUCGAGCGCUUGGAGGCUCUGGCGCGGGAACUCGGCAAGAGUCACUUCCGGUACAACGCGCCGCCCAAAUACUACGGGUACGUGGGAGCAGAGUUCAUCUGUGCCGUUCGGCCGGUCCUGAAGGACAGAUGGACGCCGGACCUGGAGCAGGCCUGGAAGACGUUGUUCCAGUACGUGACGGGCAUCAUGAAGGACGGCUACCUGGAAGAAGAGCGGAGCCGGCGCAGCCACACGCCGGCGUCCAGCAAAGAGCGACCGGACAAGAGAAACACGGCCAUUUAACUCCACAGAGCCCACCUGUACAUACUGUAUUUAUUCUUUUUAGCAGUGCACGGUCCGUACGAGACUCAGUCUCAGUCCAAACGUCUCCGGGGUGUUCUGGUGAUCAAUAAAUGUGCUCUUUUUA